UGAAUUAGGUCAAAAUUGGAAUAAAUUUGAAUCGAGAGGAUCUGGAUCUCCCGCACACCGUCAUAAACAAAUCAGAAUCGUCAAAAUCUGGAUUUUGAAUUCGAGUCCGACGCCAAACUCUUCCACAUUCGACCCAUUCCUCUUUCACUUCUCCCCUUCUUGAACACCCCUUUUCGGACACAGUUCCAGUGUUUACGUUCCCGCACAGAGAAAUCGACACUCAAAUCUAUAUCUAUGGAUAGAGAGUCUGAUUCAAAGAAGCCAAAGUUGGUGGAGAGAGAGCUUGAGGGUCGGUUUCUUCUCUCUGUUACGUUUGAAUAAUUUGUCGGCACUUGGGGCAGAAAAGCCCUAAUUUUUACUUUGUUGUGAGAUUUAGGGUUUAUAUACGCUUGAAAUUCAGAACUCAAGUUCGUGUUUUAGACUGGAGGAAAUGGUGUCCUUAUUGAUUGUGUGAUAUACCUAAAUGCAAUCAGUAGCUGUGUAAAAUUUGGGGGUUUAGCUUUGUUGUUGUUGUAGAAUACGGGUGUGUUUUGUGGGAUGGACGGAAGGAGAAUAACGGCAAGUCCGAGGCCGUGCUGUGGUCGACGGGUGGUGGCAAAGAAGCGGCCUCGCGGUGGCAACGAUGGGUUCGUGAACAGUGUGAGGAAGCUCCAGAGAAGGGAGAUUUGCUCGAAGCGUGACCGUGCCUUUAGUAUGAGCGAUGCCCAAGAAAGGUUCAGGAACAUUCGCUUGCAGGAGGAAUAUGAUACCCAUGAUCCUAAAAGUUGUGCCACGGUACUGCCAUUUCUCAAAAAGAGGUCAAAAAUUAUUGAGAUAGUAGCUGCUCGUGACAUCGUCUUUGCUCUUGCACAAUCUGGUGUUUGUGCAGCAUUUAGCAGAGAGACUAACCAGAGGAUAUGCUUUCUGAAUGUCAGUCCAGAUGAAGUUAUAAGAAGCUUGUUUUACAAUAAAAACAAUGAUUCACUUAUCGCAGUAUCAGUUUAUGCUUCAGACAAUUUCAGUUCCUUGAAAUGCAGAACCACUCGGAUUGAAUACAUACGUAGGGGUAAACCCGAUGCUGGCUUUGCUCUUUUUGAAUCUGAGUCAUUGAAAUGGCCUGGUUUUGUAGAGUUUGAUGAUGUUAACGGGAAGGUACUCACUUAUUCUGCACAGGAUAGCAUAUACAAGGUCUUUGACUUGAAAAACUAUACGAUGUUGUACUCGAUAUCAGAUCAAAAUGUUCAGGAAAUUAAGAUCAGUCCAGGAAUCAUGUUGUUGAUUUUUACAAAAGCUAGUGGCCAUGUUCCUCUGAAGAUUCUUUCAAUAGAGGAUGGGACAGUUCUCAAAUCUUUCAAUCAUCUUCUUCACCGGAAUAAGAAGGUGGAUUUCAUCGAACAGUUUAAUGAAAAGCUUCUGGUCAAGCAAGAAAAUGAGAAUCUCCAGAUUCUUGAUGUUCGCAAUACCGAGUUAACAGAAGUUAGCAGAACUGAAUUUAUGACCCCAUCAGCAUUCAUAUUUCUGUACGAGAACCAGUUAUUCUUGACAUUCAGGAAUGGAACCGUAGCUGUUUGGAACUUUCGUGGGGAGCUCGUGACUUCCUUUGAGGAUCAUCUUUUGUGGCAUCCUGACUGCAACACAAACAACAUAUACAUCACGAGUGAUCAGGACCUUAUCAUUUCCUAUUGCAAAGCUGACUCUGAUGAUUCAUUGCCUGAAGGAAAUGCGGGGUCUAUCAAUAUCAGCAAUAUAUUGACAGGAAAAUGCCUUGCCAAAAUAAAAGCAACCAACAGGUUUCUGAUGGGCGACUGCAGUUGCAGGGGUAGUUGUAGUGGCAGAACUUGCAGCUCAAAGAAGCGGGUCCAGGCUUCAAGGAUUAGGAGUACUGUUGCAGAAGCAUUGGAAGACAUCACUGCUCUCUUCUAUGACGAGGAACGCAAUGAAAUCUACACUGGUAAUAGGCUUGGCCUGGUCCAUGUAUGGUCUAAUUGAAGGUUGUGUCUUGUCAUCUCAUUUGCCUUCAGACUCCAAGAUUGUUCUUCCAGAUGGUUGAGUUCAUUCUGCUGCCCCACACUACGAGAACUGUCUGGAACUGUAUUUUAGAUGCUCUUGAAGUAGUUUAUUGUUGUACUGUUUCCCGCAUUGAUCAGGGUGUGUAGUUUGACAUAUCUCCCCCCCCCCCCCCGGAAACUGGGGAUAUUUUCUUCUUCCUUCUUCCUUCU